AUGGUAUCUGCAGGAAAUACACCUGGACCUGUGAAAAUGCUCGCUCUUAGUCAUGGACGAUAUGCCAAAGACAUUGAUGAAUUCCGUACAAAUAAGUCUUUAGAAACAACCUUAUUGUUAUCGAGAAUUAUGGCAGAAGCACCCGCUCUCAGUGUACAAAUAGUUCGUGGUUUAAACGAUAGAGUUUACGAGAAACGUAAAGCAGCUGCAUUAGAAAUAGAAAAAUUAAUUAGAACGCAUUUUGCUUCUAAUAAUGUAGAAAAAAUUAAAAGUAUUAUUGAAAAACUCACUCAAGAUUUUGCUUACUCUGCACAUCAAAAUUCACGUAAUGGAGGUCUAAUAGGUUUAGCAGCAGCCGCAAUCGCUUUAGGGCCUGAUGUGGCACCCUAUUUAGAUGAUAUUGCUACGCCAGUUCUUCAUUGCUUUACUGACCAAGAAUCACGCGUAAGAUAUUAUGCGUGUGAAAGCAUGUAUAAUAUUGCAAAGGUUUCUAAAGGCGAGAUUUUGAGAUAUUUUAAUGAGAUUUUUGAUGCAAUGAGUAAGCUAGCCGCAGAUGCUGACUUACCAGUGAAAAAUGGAACAGAACUAUUGGAUAGGUUAAUUAAAGAUAUUGCAGCAGAACAAUCAACCACAUAUGUUUCAGUUUUAGAUGCCCCAAGCCUUGUUUCAAAUGACGAUCAAGAUUUUUCAACGGAUCCAAUGAAUAUCCCAAGAACCACAGCAUUUUCAUUACCAAAAUUUAUUCCAUUGUUGGCUGAACGUAUUCGUGUUAAAAAUCCAUUCACACGAUUGUUUUUAGUUUCAUGGAUUACAGUAUUAGACUCAAUACCAGAUCUUGAAUUGGUUUCUUUUUUACCAGAUUUUUUAGAUGGACUAAUAAAUUUUUUGAGUGAUCCCAAUGAAGCUGUGUGUGUUUCAACUUCCAACGUCUUGGCAAAUUUUUUAACAGAAAUACGUGAAGCUGUUGAGGUUAAAGAACAACAAAAACAACAAGCUAUGAAAAUCUUUUAUGUUGAACAACAACGAAAAUUUGCAAAUUUAUCUGAAAAUAAUAGCGAAACAGGCGAUAGCUUGAAAGAUGGUACUGUUACCAAUAGCAGCGUUGAUGAUGAUAACUCUACUUUGGUUAAAUCAGUUGAUGCUGGUGAUGCCUUUUGGGAUUCUAUAUCUAUAAGUGAGAUGGAGGGUAAAGGUAAAGGAACCUGGGUCCCAGGUCAAAGUGUAGAGAUCAAUUUUACCAGAAUUAUUGAAAUUUUAAUGCCACAUUUAAGUUCCUCAGUUGAACAAAUUCAAGAAACAGCAUUGAAAUGGAUAAAUGAAUUUAUUAAUAUUGCUAAAGAAGUGGUCAUCAGCUUUACACCUCAAUUAAUAAGUGCUGUCUUACCCUCCUUGGCUCAUUCAGUUCCAAAUAUCCUUUCAUACCAAUAUGUAAAAAUUGAUUCAAAUAGUGUUGUAGAUACGUCACCUUUAAUAGAGGAGGAAGUUGAUCCUUUUGAUUAUCGAUCAACAGUUAGAUCAUUGGUGGAUCAAUUUAUUAACAGCCAUGAAGAAACAAGAAUUGCAAGUUUAGAUUUGUUGAUAAUGCUUCAUAAAAAAGCGCCCAAAAAGAUACUUGCUUUUGAUGAUGGGUAUUUUCCAAAUCUAUUGGAACUUCUCUUAGAUCCAUCAGAAGAAGUUGCAAAACGUGAUCUUCAGCUUCUUGCACAAUUAUCUUCAAGUUCUCAAGAUGAAUAUUUUCCAAAGUUUAUGGUUGACUUGUUGAAAUUGUUUGCUACUGAUCGCAAAUUAUUAGAAAACAGAGGAAGUCUAAUUAUUCGGCAUUUAUGUCUGAGUCUUAAUUCAGAAAGGAUAUACAUGAGUUUUGCUGAGAUUUUGGAAAAAGAAGAGGAUAUAGAAUUUGCUUCAAAUAUGGUACAAAAUCUCAACAGUAUACUUAUAACGUCACCAGAACUUUCAGAUUUAAGAAGAAGAUUAAAACACUUGGAGGCAAAGGAUGGACAAAUGUUGUUUACAGCAUUAUAUAAAUCAUGGUGUCAUAAUCCAGUUGCAACAUUUUCACUUUACAAAUACCCACAUUUGGUAAAAUGUUUAUAUGGAUUAUUGAUGUUAUUACCACAAAGUAGUGCAUUUGCAAGUUUAAAAAAUAGGUUGACAAGUGUCAGUUCUAUGGGAUUUUUGCAUUUAAUGCCAAAAAGUCCAAAUGAUUCAAAAAAAUCAAUUAGUAAAUUAUUAUCAUCAAGAGAUGAAGGAAUUAGGUUCCAAGAUUUGUUGACGCAUUUCAAAACGGUUCAAACAAAACAUGAAACAAUUCGUAAACAAGCUCGUACUAUUAAGAAAAGUAAUACUACACGUAGAAGAAGAAAUCAAGAUUAG